GUUCUGUGCCGCGCCGCGGUCUGCUUGUGUCUGCUCUGCGCAGCGCAGCGCCUGCGAGCGGAGGGAGUCGGUGAAACGUAGCGGCGGUUCCAGCGGGUGCGACUUCGGUAAUGAUGCACUAAACCUGCCUGCUCAUUCAUACUCUCACAACCCAAGCAGAAAUACCAAACAACAACAUCUCCAUUGCGAUUAAUUCUUCCCGGUUUAACCGUUGCGGCUGAACUCGGCUUAGAAAAGAAGGUUUAAUGAAAGAGAAAGACAAGAAGAAGCGCACGGCAACGUUACGACUGUUUAUAUUUUCAUCCCAUUCUGAAUGACGGGCGGACGGUUCGACUUCGACGAUGGAGGCACUUUCUGUGGUGGAUGGGAGGACGGGAAAGCCCACGGACACGGCAUCUGCACGGGACCCAAGGGUCAAGGCGAGUACGCCGGGUCCUGGUCGCACGGUUUUGAGAUAGUCGGGGUCUACACCUGGCCCAGCGGGAAUACGUACCAGGGCUACUGGUCGCAGGGCAAACGCCACGGGCUGGGUGUUGAGACCAAGGGAAAAUGGGUUUAUCGUGGGGAGUGGAGUCACGGGUUCAAGGGUCGCUAUGGAGUUCGACAGAGCACCAAUACACCUGCUAGAUACGACGGGACGUGGAGCAAUGGACUACAGGACGGCUAUGGAGUCGAAACCUAUGGGGAUGGUGGCACGUAUCAAGGCCAGUGGAUGGGGGGCAUGAGGCAUGGCUAUGGUGUGCGUCAGAGCGUGCCUUAUGGAAUGGCCACCAUCAUCCGUUCUCCGCUUCGCACCUCCCUGGCCUCCCUAAGAAGUGUGCAAAGCAAUGGCGCUGUUCUGCAGGAUGCGGUACCCGACACACCAGUUGGAAGCCGUGGUGGUUUCGUGCUGAAUUUUCACAGCGACACCGAAGUCGUCACCGGGAAGAAGAAGGGCCUGUUCCGCCGCGGGUCCCUCUUUGGCAGUCUCCGCCAGCUACGUAAAUCUGACUCCAAAACGUCCAUCUCUAGCAAACGGAGCACGGCACGUAGCGACGCCACCAUGAGCCGCAUCAGCUCCAGCGACGCCAACUCCACCAUCAGCUAUGGAGACGGAGAGGUGCCUGAUGAGUACACCCCCAUGGAGGACCAUGUGGACGCCACCACCACGGAGUCCUAUAUGGGCGAGUGGAAGAAUGACAAACGCAAUGGGUUUGGAGUCAGUGAGCGAUCCAAUGGGCUGAAGUACGAAGGGGAAUGGAUGAACAACAAGAGGCAUGGAUACGGAUGCACAAUAUUCCCAGAUGGAACCAAAGAGGAGGGGAAGUAUAAAAAUAAUGUGUUGGUGCGCGGGAUAAGGAAGCAGCUUAUUCCUCUUAAAAACCAUAAAACGAAAGAAAAAGUGGACAGGGCUGUGGAGGGGGCUCGGAGGGCAUCAGCAAUCGCCAGGACUAAAGUGGAAAUAGCAGUGUCAAGGACGUCCCACGCAAGGACUAAGAGUGAAGCAGCAGACCAGGCCGCACUUGCAGCAUGUCAGGAAUCAGACUUAGCCAGAGCUGUGGCUCAUGAACUAUCUCCAAACUUCCAUCAGCCAGGGCUUGACUACAUCAAACAGAAGUUCAGCGAUUCGGUGGAGGAGAUUAAGGAGGAAGCACCUAAAGAGGAGAAGGAAAAGGAGAAGCCUUCUGGCAGCCCUUUCUAUCGGCGCGGCACGACUCCAAGCCACUCUCCUGUCCAAAGCCCGACCCCAUCACCUCCUCUCUCCCCUCAUCAGAGCCAGCCACCCAACCCCAGCGCCAGCCGGAAGAUCAGCAAAGACAACAGCAGCGUAGCCCGAAAGAUAAGCAAGGACAGUAGUACCGUCGCUCGAAAGAUAAGCAAAGAAGAGAGAGCCACGAUUGUGGCAGAGAUCACCAAGGUAUCCACCCCUCCUCCUGUACCGGCCAUCAAGCUACAGGACGUGCCCCCACCAAAGCCCCCCAAGGCCCCUGAAGCCCAGCCCAAACCUGCCAGCACAGGUAAUGGACAGCUACACGCUGCUUAUCACAGUUACUAUGUGAAGCCGAUGAGGAAGUUGCCUCCACCAGAGGAAACAGAAGAUGAAGAGCCUGAGAUGACACAGUCUAGUCUGGCCAGGAUGCCUCUACCACCCAAACUGGUCAGGACGUCCACUCCCAAACCAGAGCCCAAGAUCAGGAAACAAGAGUCUAUCAGACCAAAGAGCUUCGCUGAAACCAAGAAAGCCAGCCUAGAUUUGGCCAAUGAAACCGUAGCCGAAGAAUCUGGUCCUAACUCAAUUUUGGUUGCCAUGGUGAUGCUUUUGAAUAUUGGAUUGGCAAUUAUUUUUGUCCAUUUCCUUACAUGAAACACUACCAUCUCGGUGUUGGAUGGCGACCCACACAGUGUCAAUGACCUUUCUGAAAUCCACAUGGCACCAGGCAGUGUCCAGAGGGCAGAGGGAGCUGAAGAAUCAACAUAUGGGAGUUUGAGACCCAGAGCAUCAUCCUUGAGAAUGGCGUGGUCUAAUAUCAUGCGGCUCUGCCAAAAGAGAGGAAAAUAGUAAUAGAGGGGAAAAAUUAAAGUACCGUUGAAAUGGAAACCAAAGAAGGGAAUGCAGUGUAACGUGACUCUUACCUGCUGAUGGAAAGCCUUAAUAUCAGCCACUCCAUAGGUUUCUGGCAGAGACUUAACUAGAAAUGUUUGAUGAUGCACUUUUGCAUGAUGGGCAAGAGCAGCUGCCUUACUCAUUUACCAUCUGACGUGUAACUGGGAGAUGUGCUCGCAGUGCCAGAGGAAUGCGUUCAGGGGGCUUUGCUGCAGCCAGCCUGGCCCGAGGCAGCCGACCGCGCACACCAGUCUUACACCCUUUACCGAACCCACUGCAGUUCUUCUCGGAAGCUCUUGAAUCGAUGCUCCCCUACUGUUCUCAUCACCUUUCAUUUUUUGUUUUCAUGUACCGUUCUUUCUUUCCUUUACAUUUGUUAACUACCGUAUUUUCCGUACUAUAAGUCGCACUUUUUUUCAUAGUUUGGCUGGUCCUGCGACUUAUAGUCAGGUGCGACUUAUUUAUAAAAAUUAAUUUGACAUGAACCAAGAGAAAUGAACCAAGCGAAAACAUUACCGUCUACAGCCACCAGAGGGCGCUCUAUGCUGCUCAGUGCUCCUGAGCGCCCUCUCGCGGCUGUAGACGGUAAUGUUUUCUCUUGGAUCUUGGUUCUAAAUAAAUGCGAUUUAUCGUCCACGUGUGACUUAUGUUUUUUUCCUCAUCAUGACGUAUUUUUGGACUGAUGCGACUUAUACUCAGGUGCGACUUAUAGUCCGAAAAAUACGGUACAUUGAAAAUCGUGUUUGAAUUUAAUGCGAAGCAAAAUCACUCCUACUUUUUUGUGAGUGUUUCUAAUCCAGACGAGGGAAAAUAUUCUAUUAUUUAUUGAAAAUGUGCAAUAUGAUUUAUUUUUACACUUACAGAGUUGAAUUGCUCAUCAAUCAGGGACACUGUAGUUGUGUCCCAUUUAUUCUAGUAUUUAACGGAAGGAAAAAAUUUAAAAGAAUUGAUGCGUUUAGAGUUACAGGGACACGUGGUUUCCCACUUGCUGAUCACGUCCACUCAAAUAAUGGUAAAAGCAAUCAAAAAGUCUUAUGAAGUGUGUUGUUUAUUGGCUGUUUGUCGUGUUUUGUAAAUUAAGCCUAUGCCAUUGUGCAUGUGAUGUUGUGCAAGAGUUACUGUGCUCCAGAUGUCAGGUUUGACAUGUGACAGCAGCUAAGAUGUUUUGAAAAAAAAAAAAAAGGCUUGCUUGCAUGUUUGUGACCUUGGAUGCUUUCGGUAUCAAAAGUCAGGUAGUGCCACAGUCGCGUGGUGCUAGAGGAAGUAGGACAUUGCCUUUAAGAGUCUUUAACACUACUUCAGUUUACCUCAAACAACAUAGAAAUAUAAAAAAGCAUCGUAAGAGAUGAGGUCUUUGUCUUAAAUCUGUAGUAUGCAAAUUCUGACUGACAGAGUCAUUGGGAAUUCAUUUGAAAUGUGCCACUAAAGUGCAGAAUUAGUUUUUUGGUACAUCCUGAAAUGUACCUUUUAUUUAUUAUUCUAAUGUGCAGUUUCCCUCUUCAGAAGGUUUAUUAAUGAUAUAUAUAUAUAUAUAUAUAUAUAUAUAUAUAUAUAUAUAUAUAUAUAUAUAUAUAUAUAUAUAUAUAUAAUUCUAGAUAUUGUUUCUAGUGUUUGGUGAGUGUUAAAGGGCUUGGAAAACUCAGUGUCUCUCCUUUAAACCCUCAUUUGCUUUUAGUUUUUGUUUGCAUGUGGUCUUUAAAUGCAUUAACGCCUGUAUAUUUGAUUCAAAACAACUAGUCUGAGGUCAAAUAUGUUUAAGGCAUAAAAAUGUACUCUUGAAGGACUUGUUUCAUUUGGUUGGAUUUCGGUUCUGUGCAACAAUGCAGUGCAAUGUGUACGGCUCUUUUAUAUGUUUUCUGGAGAGUUAUGAGAACAGGGCAGGACAUGGAAUUAUUUUUCUAAAAACAAAUGUUGCACAAACAGAAAAAAAAAACAUUUAUAUUCUAUAUAAGGUUUAUUCUAUUUAUAAGCAUUUUUACAGAGCACAGCCAUUACGGUAUGAAUUCUAAGAUAUUUUUCUAUAGAAAUGCACAGUUGUAUUUUGUCAGAAGUAGAAUAGCUCCUUUAUUUCAAGCAUUGCAUCUCGCACAUCAUCAGGUUUAAGACUCGAAACCUAUAUAUGAUUCAAUGUGAUUUGAAAUGCUGAGGAUGCAGGAAUCCUUUUUGAACCCUUGAAUGCAAAAAAAAAACGUAUCUCUUUCAUUUCAAGCCCAUAGAGCCCCACGUAUUUCUGUCAUUUGAAAAGUUAUGGUAUUUAUCUGCAUAAUAAAAUAUUAUGCCUUGUAA